GCACAAGCACAGAACAUUUACGCCAUUGUUUGAGUUUCUGAUUCGCACGGACAGUGACAGAUCAAUUCGCUCUCCAAUUCCUCUUCCUUCUCUCUCUAAGCCACUUUCCUUCGCAUCGCAUCCCAAUCCGAAGGAACUGCGAGAUGAGUCCGAUUUUGAAUGAAGCAGAACCGAAAGAACUGCGAGAUGAGUCCGAUUUUGAAGCAAUCUUCUCCGACGGCGAUUAUAUUUCCGUUUGUGGCUUUGGAUCUCUCCUCUCUGAGAGGAGUGCGCGAAGUACUUUUCCUGAUCUGAUCAACUUUAGAGUUGCGAGAUUGAACAAUUUCAGAUGCGUUUUCGGUACUAUAGCUCCUAUAUUCUUUGAGCACGGCAUUGCUAAAUCUGAAACCAAGGAGAUUUCAAGCUUAUUUGCGGAGCCCUGUGAAGGAGAAACUAUCAUCAUUACGGUUUUCGAGAUUAAGAAGUCUGAGAUUCCAGCGUUUAUACAGAGAGAGUUUGCGUUUCGAUUUCUAGCUGUUCUUCCUGAAACACUAGAUGGAAAGCUAUAUCAUAAACCAGCGGUGCUUUGUUCUCGAUCCACUGAUGAAGAGUUUUUCCAAGUGAAAUGCAAAGGAAAUAAGGAAAUUUUUAUUCAGUAUUAUGGUCGUUAUAAUGUUGAUAAGAUCUGGAGAGAUGAUAUCUUACCUUGUCGCACCUAUCUUCGACACUGUAUUUUAGCUGCAAAAAAUUUGGGUGACAAAGCUUACAACAACUUUUUGCAUCACACUUUCCUUGGAGAUCGUAGGACAACCAUCCGUGAAUAUUUGGCCGCUAAUGGUUCAGGCAUUAUGGAAGAGGAGCCUCCCGAAUCCCUCAAAUUUCGAUAUGGCGGUUGAUAUUUAACUCUAAAAAUAGAAAUUUAGAAAGAAGGGAUUCAAUUAAACAGGAUUGAUGUUUUCAUAUGUGUUUAGUAGAAAAUUUAAAAAUUAAAUUUUAAUUUAAAUAAUUGUUUAAAAUGUGUUUGAUAUUAUAUUUAUAAAUCAUAAAACUAGUUGUCUUGUAGUCAAGGACGAAAACAACGUUAUCAGUAUAGAUAUCGGUAACUCAAAUUUACGGAUAUAUUGACGGAUAUUUAGAUAUCGGUGGAUAUUUCGGAUUUAUAUUAAUACUUGGUGGACAACAUCAAUUAAAGAUGAGUUGUUCUUCACUUCAGGUUUAUAUUGAUAUCUCGGAUUUAAAUAUUGCGCUAUCAUGUAUGAAAAAAAAAAAAAAAGAAAGAAAUAUUAGUGAACGAAA